UACUUACCGUCUGUGGAUCCAUAUGCGUAGUGAAAGGUUUCCAUAGAUCAACUGCUGGAGUCAUCCCUCAAAAUGAAGACUGUGCUUAUGGUAGCAGAGAAACCUUCACUGGCCCAGUCCAUUGCCAAAAUCCUUUCCAGAGGCAGUGCCUCCUCCCGGAAAGGUCUAAAUGGUGCAUGCUCGGUACACGAAUACACAGGAUCAUUCAUGGGACAAAGUGUACGCUUCAAGAUGACCUCUGUCUGUGGUCAUGUUAUGAGCUUGGACUUUAUAGGGAAAUACAACAACUGGGACAAAGUAGACCCAGCAGAACUUUUUAGUAAAGCCCCGACAGAGAAGAAAGAAGCCAAUCCCAAGCUCAACAUGGUGAAAUUCCUGCAGGUGGAAGCGCGUUCCUGUGACAUUAUCGUUCUUUGGCUUGACUGCGACAAGGAAGGAGAAAAUAUCUGCUUUGAGGUUCUGGACGCUGUUCUCCCUGUGAUGAAUAGAUCUCAUGGUGGUGAAAACACAAUCUAUCGUGCUAAAUUCAGCUCUAUCACAGACACGGAUAUCAUGAACGCAAUGAAUAAACUUGGAGAACCUAAUAAGAAUGAAGCUCUGUCUGUGGAUGCAAGGCAGGAGCUCGACCUCCGAAUUGGAUGUGCCUUUACAAGGUUUCAGACAAAGUAUUUUCAAGGCAAAUACGGCAACCUGGACAGCUCUCUGAUCUCAUUUGGACCCUGCCAGACUCCAACGCUAGGAUUCUGCGUAGAGAGACAUGAUAAGAUCCAAUCUUUCAAGCCCGAGACAUAUUGGGUCCUACAAGUGAAGGUCAGCCGUGGACAAGAGCAAUCACUGAUUUUGGACUGGGAUCGGGUGAGGAUCUUUGACCGGGAGAUUGCUCAAAUGUUUCUAAAUAUUACCAAGUCAUCAAGGGAGGCACAGGUGGAAGCUGUGAACAAGAAGGAAAAAGCCAAACAAAGACCACAGGCAUUAAACACGGUGGAAAUGCUUCGUGUGGCCAGCUCAGCUCUGGGGAUGGGUCCUCAGCAUACAAUGCAGAUUGCAGAGCGCCUGUACACACAGGGCUACAUAAGCUAUCCCCGUACAGAGACCACUCACUAUCCAGAGAAUUUUGACCUAAAAGGGACUCUCAGACAGCAGGCCAAUAACCCCUUCUGGGCUGACACGGUUAAAGCAUUGCUUGCUGAAGGUAUCAACCGUCCGAGGAAAGGGACAGAUGCUGGAGACCAUCCUCCCAUUACCCCUAUGCGUUCAGCAACAGAGGCAGAGCUGGGCAGUGAUGCUUGGCGAUUGUAUGAAUACAUCACCCGACAUUUCAUUGCAACGGUCAGUUAUGACUGUAAAUACCUGCAGACCACCAUCUUGUUCAGUGUGGGCUGUGAGCGAUUCAAUACAUCCUGCAAAGAAGUGAUCUCCCCAGGGUUCACGGAGAUCAUGCCUUGGCAGGGAAUCCCACUGGAGGAGAUUUUCCAGCCCUGCGAGAGAGGGGACAAGUUCACCGUGGAUGAGGUGAAGCUGCUAGAGAAGCAGACCUGCCCUCCAGAUUACCUCACUGAGGCAGAGCUCAUCACUCUCAUGGAGAAGCAUGGCAUCGGGACGGAUGCCAGCAUCCCUGUGCACAUUAAUAAUAUCUGCCAACGAAACUAUGUGACUGUGGAGAGCGGGCGCAGACUGAAACCUACUAGCCUCGGGAUUGUGCUGGUACAUGGAUAUUAUAAAAUAGAUCAGGAGCUGGUGCUGCCAACCAUUCGAAGUGCAGUAGAGAAGCAGCUCAACCUCAUUGCUCAUGGAAAGGCCAAUUAUCUCCAGGUGUUGGAGCACACUUUGGAUAUCUUCAAGAGGAAGUUCCACUAUUUUGUGGACUCUAUUGCAGGGAUGGAUGAGUUAAUGGAAGUGUCAUUCUCCCCUCUGGCUGCCACUGGCAAACCAUUGUCUCGCUGUGGCAAGUGUCAUCGGUUUAUGAAAUACAUCCAGGCCAAACCCAGCCGCCUUCAUUGUUCCCACUGCGAUGAAACUUAUUCCCUGCCCCAAAAUGGGACCAUCAAACUUUACAAGGAGCUGCGCUGUCCACUGGAUGACUUUGAAUUAGUGCUGUGGUCGUCCGGGUCCAGAGGGAAAAGUUACCCAUUGUGUCCGUACUGUUACAACCAUGCACCAUUCAGAGACAUGAAGAAAGGGAUGGGCUGCAAUGAGUGCACACAUCCUACCUGCCAGCACUCUUUAAGCAUGCUGGGAAUCGCACAGUGUGUGGAGUGUGAAAGUGGAGUCAUGGUCUUGGAUUCCACCUCUGGGCCUAAGUGGAAGAUGUCUUGCAACAAGUGUAACGUCAUCGUUCAUUUCUUUGAAAAUGCCCACCGGGUGCGCGUGUCCCAAGAGACCUGUGAGGCGUGUGAUGCUGCCCUUAUGCAUGUAGACUUUAACAAGGCUAAGAGCCCGCUGCCAGCGGAUGAGACGCAGCACACUGGCUGUGUGUUCUGUGACCCGGUCUUCCAGGACUUGGUGGAGCUCAAGCAUGCUACCAUGAAGCACCCUAUGCACAGGGGUGGACAGGGGAGAAGGCAAGGAAGAGGCAGGGGCAGAGGUCGGAGAGGCAACCCCAAAAAGCCCAAGGACAAAAUGGCUGCCUUGGCAGCAUAUUUUGUAUAAUGUCAUGUCAAACCUGUUCCCUAAAGUAUAAUGCUCCAGAACAGAAAAAUGUCUUGUACUGAAAUGGAAGGAAGCUUUUGUUUGGCUUUGUGUGGAAGUGUGGCCUGUGCCAACUGUCUUUAAUGAUUUCCCCCCUUAGUUUUUUUUUUACAAAAGAGAAAAAAGUAAUUCCCUUUAGUUUUAUACAAACCUAACCCAAGAUUAGUUAGAAUAGGAUAGCCACUAACUGAAAUCAUACUGACACAUGAAUUGCAAAGCUUGUACUCCAGC